ACCAGACCGGUCCAGCUCCAGAGGCGGAGCCAGGAGAGACAGGAAGCGCUCAGCAUCCUCCUGCCCCCCCCCCCCAAGGCUGGGACUUCGGAGUCACUAGAGGGACCACCACAGAUGCAGCUGGCCUCCUUCUCGCCGCAGCUGGACCCGGUGUUGCAGCUGACCUGAGACAUCUGCCGGAGGAUGGAGUCCCUCCCUGAGCCGCUGCUCAUCCAGAUCCUGGCCUCAGUACCGGCGGUGGAGCUGAUCCUGGUGUGCCGGCUGGUCUGCUCCCAGUGGAAGGCCCUGGUCGACAGCGCGGCCCUCUGGCUCCUGAAGUGCCAGUGGGAAGGGCUGGCCGGAGAAGAUGCGGAGGAGGAAGGAGGCGCCAGCUGGCAGAUGCUCUACUUCCUGAAUAAGAGGAAGAGGAACCUGAUCAAGAACGCCACCGGUGAAGAGGACCUGGAGCACUGGGUAGAAGUGGAAAGCGGGGGCGACGGCUGGAAAAUCGAGGAACUGCCCGGAGACUUCGGGAAAGAUUUCCCCAGCGACGAGGUCCACAAGUACUUCGUCACGUCUUUUGAGUGGUGCCGCAAAUCCCAAGUCAUUGAUCUCCGGGCCGAAGGGUACUGGGAGGAGCUGAUGGACACGAUCCAGCCCAAAAUCGUGGUGAGGGACUGGUACGCGGCCCGGUGCGACGCCGGCUGCUUGUACGAGCUGAACGUGAAGCUGCUGUCCGAGACGGACGAGGUGGUGGCUGAAUACCGGAGUGAGACCAUCGCGCUCCCGCAAGACAAUGAAGGCGAAUGGAACGAGAUCACCCACACCUUCACGGACUACGGCCCCGGGGUUCGCUUUGUCUACUUCGAGCAUGGCGGCCAGGACACCGUCUUCUGGAAGGGCUGGUACGGCGCACGAGUCACCCACAGCAGCGUCACUGUGGAGCUGUAAUGUCGACCCUCAGAAUGCUGGAGCCGGGGGAGCACUCCUGCAGUGGAGUCUCCCUCGUUGAGGAAGGAGGGAACGGGUGCGUGGUUGUGCUCAGGGCGGGAUGAAGCGUUCUGCUAAAACGGAAUCUGCCAGAUGUGGCGUUCCUGCUGGGAUCCAGUCCUCUGGGAAUUCCAGACACAAAGUUUUUUUUAAAAAGCCUUCCCUUGAACUUGAACGCUGCUGCAAUCUUGCCUAUUCAAAAACACCCACAGCUAUGACUAUCUUUCCGCUUGCAGUUUUGAAACACUUGAGAAUCUGGGCUGCAGUUGGAUGUGAAUUGACCUUUUGUGCUAUAGGGAUGUUUAGAGGGGAAGGCUGGUGAAAGGCGGUUGAGGUGAGGAAGCCGGGUGCACAAAGGAACAAAAAUCUGUUUUGUCCGUGUGUGAAUGGCAGACAUCUCGGUGUGUAUUAUAGAAUUCCGCACAAAGGUGGCGCUGCUGAGCUACGAAUGGCCUCCAGGAGAAGGUUCUCUGUCCCCCUUUCCCAACAACUUAUGAAAAACGAGUCUCAUGACAUGCCCAGGGCCAUUAGGUCUCCAUAAAUGCCACCCCCUUCCCCCCUCUCAGUUGGCCUGCACAAAAGUAAUGCAAAUUUCACACAGGUGGGCCAGAAGGGUGUUCAAACCUCUCUAGGGAAACCACCCUCAUGUUUGGAAGAGUGGGUCACCAAGAUUAGCCAUGAGGAUAGCUAAAUGGAACCUUCAUGCUCAGAGGCAGUCUACCCACUGAAUAGCGCUCCCUUCAUGCCCUGCUAUGUUUUCAGAUAUGGCUUAGCUUGAAAGUAGGCCUUGUGAGCAACAAAAAUAAAGCCAAAACUUAAAUCCAAAACAAACAAGAGAAUGCAAAUUGCAAAACGGGCGUCAAAAUCAGCAUCACUUAUCAAAUGGGGGGGUGGCCGAGAAGCAGUUUUGCUUGCAAAAAGCACUUCGGGAUUUUUAAAAAAUACUUUAAAUUGUAGGUGAGACUGAAUUUAGUGGGAAGAAGGAAAUGCAAAAGGCCAGUUUUGGAAAUUAAUCGAUUUUUGAGUGCUUCUCGAAGCUGAAUUUUAAAGUCCACUAUUUUCCCCUGGGUUAAAUUUGGCAUGGGAAGACCUAAAGGGCACAGCUCCACCCCAGACACCCUAACCCCGAAUGAAGGAGAUGCCACCCAAGAGGGGUUGCUGGAUUGUGGAGGGACAAAGGUCGAGGUUUUCAAACAUCAAACAUGUUGAGAUUCGUUCCACUCCUGGAGCUCCUCUUCUGUGUCCCACUAUAUCUGGUGACGCCCUCCCCUAAGUUUCCAGCUGCUUCAUCAUCUUCUUAACAUCUGCCGGCCUCCAAAGGCCAUGCCUGGCCAAGACAGCUGCCCUGCCUAGUGCUGGAUCCCAGGCUGGGAAGAAAUCUGUUGCCAUCGUAUUGAAUUGGGCUUCCCUUCGGCCAGGGCGCUUUAGACAAAAAUGUAAAUAAA